AACCAGUGGACUCGGUCUGUCUGCAGUGAGUCUCCGGUAUGGGCAGCCGUCUUACUCCUCAACUUUUUACCGGAGAUUUUACCACGCGUACGUUACGUUUGACACGGUUUAUACCAUCUGGAAAUGGAUCUCUGAUCGGAAUAACGCGAAAGUGAGACCAACGUGAUUUAAUCCGACCGUUUAAAGUCAUUUUUUGUUCUUGGAGUUGUUGAAGGAAGAGGGGAAAAUGCCAGUUGCAACUCUUCUGCCUUUUACCGCGACCCCGAAUAGGAAGUCUGCCAGCCCGACCUCUUUCAGGUUGACAGAGAAAUUUAUUUUGUUAUUAGUGUUUAGCGCUUUUAUAACCCUGUGUUUCGGGGCCAUUUUCUUCCUACCGGACUCGUCCAAGCUGCUGAGCGGAGUUUUCUUUCAUUCCUCCGCGGUGGAGACCAACACCCGCACCGGUCCGGACAGCAGCGACCCAGGCUCGGCUGCAAACGACGAGCGGGUCCUGGCCAAAAUCAGGAAAGACCACGAAAAAGCUCUGCUAGAGGCCAAGGAUACUCUACAGAAACGGCCCGAAGAGAUAAAACAAGACAUUCUCAAUGAGAAGGAGAAAGUUGCAAAGGGGAGUAUGGGUCAAGGUGGGAAGGAUGGCAAUGAUUUACCUUUCGUUGAGUACCACCGGCCGCCCGGGGCCACGGGACACGAGCCCCUGGACCCCGAAACCAAGGACAGACGGGCUAAGAUCAAAGAGAUGAUGAAACAUGCGUGGGACAGCUACAGGCGCUACGCCUGGGGUUCCAAUGAGCUCAGGCCCGUCUCCAAGCAAGGCCACUCCAGCAAUCUAUUUGGCAGUAUAAAGGGAGCCACGAUUGUGGAUGCUCUGGAUACGCUCUAUAUCAUGGAAAUGUUUGAAGAGUUUGAUGCUGCUACGGAAUGGGUGGAGAAGAACCUCGACUUUAAUGUGAACGCAGAAGUGUCUGUGUUUGAGGUGAACAUCCGGUUUGUUGGAGGUCUGCUGUCCGCCUACUACCUGUCUGGGAAAGAGGUAUAUCGCAGGAAGGCAGUGGAGCUGGGUGAAAAGCUGCUGCCAGCCUUCAAAACGCCCACCGGCAUCCCCUGGGCUCUGCUUAACCUCAAGAGUGGUAUAGGGAGGAACUGGCCCUGGGCGUCAGGCGGCAGCAGCAUUCUGGCAGAGUACGGCACCCUGCACCUGGAGUUCAUGCACCUCAGCAAACUCUCGGGGAACCCUGAGUUUGCACAGAAGGUCAUGAACAUCCGGAAAGUCCUAAACCGCCUGGACAAACCUCAGGGGCUCUACCCCAACUACCUGAACCCCAACAGCGGCCAGUGGGGCCAACAUCACGUGUCUGUGGGAGGCCUUGGUGACAGUUUUUAUGAGUACCUGCUCAAGGCCUGGCUAAUGUCUGACAAGACUGACGAGGAGGGCAAGAAGAUGUACUAUGAUGCCCUGCAGGCGAUAGAAACCAACCUGAUGAGGAAGUCGAGCGGCGGGCUGACCUACAUAGCUGAGUGGAAGGGGGGGCUGCUGGAGCACAAGAUGGGUCACCUGACCUGUUUCGCAGGUGGCAUGAUGGCUCUGGGUGCUGACGGGGCGCCUAGCGACAAGACGGGCCACCAGAUGGAGCAGGCCGCCGAGAUCGCCCGCACCUGUCACGAGUCUUACGCCAGAACAGCUUUGAAGCUGGGUCCGGAGGCGUUCCGUUUCGACGGCGGGGUCGAGGCCAUCGCAACGCGCCAGAACGAGAAAUACUUCAUCCUGCGUCCCGAAGUCAUAGAGACGUACAUGUACAUGUGGAGGUUCACCCACGACCCCAAAUACAGGGAGUGGGGCUGGGAGGCUGUACAGGCCUUGGAGCAGCACUGUAAAGUAGAAGGAGGCUACAGCGGCGUCAGAGACGUCUACGCCUCCUCUCCCAACCACGACGACGUGCAGCAGAGCUUCUACUUGGCCGAGACACUCAAGUAUCUCUACCUGCUCUUCUCUGACGACGACCACCUACCGUUCGACCACUGGGUCUUCAACACCGAGGCUCACCCUCUGCCCGUCAUCAAGAAGGACAAAACAGACCUCCCCAACGAGGUGGAGUAGCGGAGCGGACCCUUCCUCUGCGCUGACGCCCCCCAAAACAAGUGCAAGAACCUCUGAUCCUGUACACCUGAGCCUCCAGCUGUCUGUCUGAAAACAGUUUAGCCAUUUGGAGUCCCCAAUGGUUACAGAUGCCUCUUGAUUGGGAUUUAUUUUCAAUGGGAUCAAAACAGAAUUCAAGCGCUGAAUUCUUACUGUAGAAUCCAGCUGUUUUUUGUUUUGUUAUUGUUUGUUUUUUUUUGCUUUUUGUUGACGCUGACCAACACAUUUACUGCCGGAUAACGUAAUAACUCGCAUAACGAUGCAGUGAUAUCGUCAGACAGGUAUUGUAGGUUUUUAAUAUUCGUGCAUUAUAAAAGCGGUACUCUCUGAAGAUGUCAUUACAUUCAGCUCAACUCAUCCAGAGGGACAGUCGGACCAGUUAUCACUUUAUUCGUCGGUGAUUUUGUUGUUAGUAGCUUCAGUGCAGGUUUUGUUUCUGUGAAGGAGAACACUGACGGACCGGUCGUCUCCCUGAUGUGGAUUUGUUUUGGACCUGACCUGAGACUACCGCUCUGGUCUGAGGAUUACAAGGCUGACUCGGUGAGCUACAGGACGCUCCGUUCACUUCACACGUGUCGUCUUUUCCUUCUGCUGUACCGCUUCGAUAUCUGAGUAGGAACCUACCGCCCGCCUCCGCCUCCACCUCCACCCGAGAAACUUUUCUAAAAACACGUGGUUGUCUCUGUGGGAGUAAAGGAAAGACGCAGCACAGCCCGAGCCUCUUUUUAUAAACCCGCAGGACUUUAAGAUCUCUCCCCCUCCUCUCCCCAUGACUGCUUCUUUCUUCCCUCUGAGUGUUGGCUGUGACAGCAGACACCAGCUCUCUACCUGCCAGUAACUUCACUUUCUCCCCACCACGUUUACACAAAGCUGUCCCUCUCCUCCUGCUUCCAUCUUCAGCGUCUUUAGCGAGCUUUUUGGAUCCACAUCUGCACCAAAAUGUAUGGGGAUUUGACCGAUACAGGAUUUUCAAAGCUAAUACUUGUCAUCAUUUCUUUUCUUUUUUUUUUUGUCAUUUAAUCUCAGAUAAAUUUCUUGUCUGCAGGAUUUUGUGUGUUAAGAACCGGGUAGAAGUAGAAGACCUGGAGCUGCAGACCAUAUUUCAUAAUAUUUUAAGCUGCAGUAGAGCAUUCGUCAACUAAUCAAUUAGUCGAUCAACCAAAAACUGAUUUUAUUUAGUUCUUUCGUCAGUUGUUAAUGCAAAAAUAGAAGAAAAAAAAUGCUGCUCCCAGCCUCUCAAAUAUGGUGAUUUUCUUGCUGUUUUUCUGUUUUGUAUAAUUUAAAUAAUAUAAAUCAAAUAUUUUGAGGUCAAAACAAGUCAUUUACAGACAGAUCCUUGGACUUUGAGGAGCUGGGAUGUACAUUUUUAACUAUUUUCGGACAUUUUCUGGACCAAAUAUUGAAGCGUUUCAUCUAGAAAAUAAUAAUCAUUUGUAAUGGUGAAGUACUAAACUGUGAGAUGUAGUUAAAUACUCUUGUAAGUGGUAGUAAGUGGACCUUGAGUUAAGUUUUUUGGUUUAUCUACUUAUUUUUUUGGCAUACUACCAUUUCCUAAGUUAAAAAUAAAUGUUAAUAGUCAAUAUUUUGUUGAAUUACAGUCACAAAUUUAGUCUUUAUAUUCCACAAACACCUCCUGCAAAUGUUUUUCUUAAAUUUGAACCAUUUGUACAUACAAAAUCUAAAUUUUUAGUCCCUUAAAGAAAAGACGUCAUCAUCAGCAAACCUGCGUAUCGGUCAAACCCUCUUCUUCUCUUUUUCCGUCUCGCUUCUUCCUCUUCUUGUCUCGCCCUCCAGCUGCAGCCUGUAGGAUCUUCUCUCCUCUAUGAGGAGACGCAGACACUCGACUUUGCUGUAAUAUUUCACCGUCACACACACAAACACACACACACACACACACACACACACACAAGAAGCCAUACUGAUUUCAAACAGCUUUACCAUUCUGUCGUUGAGAUUUGAUUUUGUUCCCUUUACCCUCCACACACUGGGGGGGAUGUGUGACUGUAUUAAUACCAACUGUGUUCUUGUUGUUUCCAUCAAAAACUCAUCAAAGUCGCUUCUUCAGUUGGAUUUAUGGUAAGGAUUUCUCCUGAUGCCACACAGAACUGUAGCCAGAUAUUUAAAAAAAAACCCAGUUUAGUCUUCAAUCUAGUGCCUUCACUGUUGAGAAUGAGGAGUUGGAGGGAAAAGCAGCUCACACAAACACAUAAAAAAUAGAGUUUUAGAUCAUCUUAGAGCUUUAAGUAAAGUCCCCUUGCCUCAUAUGAGGAUUAUACCAAAAGUACACAUUGAUUGAAGGAUAAUUCCUGCUUUUUUAGUUCAAUUUUAUAGUAAUUUUGGCUGGAAAGUAGCCCAGGAGUUGGUGAAAAGUUGGUUUCUUUGUGAUAAAUAGGAGAAAAUACCUGCAAAGGAUCACAUAAAAUCUGUCAGGAGCCAUCAUUAAAUGGUUUGCAACCAGUAGCGAGUCCAAGUCACCAGUUAUUUCCUUGACUGCACUGACAUCUAGUGGUGAAGGUGUCCUAUUACAGUCCACAUGAGACCUGGGUUAAAUGUCUCAACAAAACCUCUAAUGACUCUAAUGUCGGUUUGUUAGGAUUACAAAAAAAAACAAAUACAGUAAAUUAUUUCCCAUUUUCCCCAGAAGAUAAUAUCCUCAGCUCAUGGGUGAAAGCUUACAUUACAUAAUUAAAAUGGCAAAAACACCAAAUUGGCUCUUUAAAAUCCUGUAUUUUACCUGAUAUUGGAUGAAAACUGAGCCUCAGUCAUCAUUUCUUGCCAGUUAUUCAUGAGUUUAUGCCUUUAGUUUUUGUAUUUGAACUGAAAAAUGAUACAAAAAGAACAUGUUUUAUAUUAACAGAGCUUAUCUUCAGCAAUCUCAGUGCCCCUUGCUCCAUUAAAUGAGCUUUAAACCGACUCAAAUGUCACCAGAAGAUGAAAUACAAUGAAAAGUACAUUUAUCCCAGGUCUCACAAAGCAUCUGUAAAGGGGAAGACCACCAUUUUUUUUAUCAGCAUGAUAAAAGCUGUUUUGGUUUCUGAUUUUCAGUUAAUUUUAACCCAACAAUAAUCAGAUUUAUUCAGAAUAGGGUUCUGCGAUGUGUUCAAAUUUUCCAACUGGCCACCACUAUUCCAAAACUCCUAAUAUAUUUGCACAGAUGUGUGUGUGCCGACAAAAAUCACACAAAAAAAUCGCCCCCAAAUGCUGAUAGCUCACAUAUUCCUUCAAAUAGAUCAGUUCUUGGCAAAUUUCAUGACCUUAUACAUCCAAAAUGUGCUAUUUUCUCCUACAAGAUGAUGCUAAUCACAGAAGUUUGUACCCAAUAGCAUCCUAUUGUGUCAAUAAAAGUUCAUAAAACAAUCAACUAUAAAAAAAACUGAAGAUAAAAAAUUGAGAUAAAGGACAAAUGAGCCACUUAUUUAGCCUCACAGUCCUUCAGAUUAGCUAUUUGUGCUGCAAAAAAUGGUGGUUUUUAAUCCAACUACAUACUUAUUUUAUUACAUUUUCACCUGUUUGUAUUUAUUACAAAUCACCACUGCUUUCUUUCCCCAAAUUUGGUUUAAUUUUUUCAAAAUAAAAUAAAAUAAUGACUCCUCCCCCAGUUAUAUCCAACAUAUCAGUCAGUCAGCCUUCCUGUUUAAAUUAAAUAUAUAAUAAUAAAUAGUUUCUGAGCUGCAAUAAAUCCCUCCAUGUUCUUCACAUCGCUGUACAGACGACAGUGUCCUCGUGUUAAAUCUGUGUUUUCGUUUAGUUUGAGUUGGUUCCGAGGCAUUUAUUAUUAUCCAUGUGAUGUUGUGUUGUAACGGUUGAUUUUUUUGCUGAUUGUGUUAAUUUAUUCUGUAAUAGUGAACAUAGGACUUGGAGGGUUUCAGGAGCUGACCCCCAGGUGGCGCUGUGGGUUUAAUGGUUCUUAUUUAUCUACCAAAAAAAAAAAUAGAGAGAAUUUAAAGGUCCUCUAGGGUGAAAAUGGUACCUUUCAGAGUGGUUUAAAUGUGGUUUAACGUCACAAAGAGGGACCUGGGAGUCAAUCAAACAACCUGACAGGAGGAUAAGAAAUGUAUGAAUGUACCAUCCAAUGUGAAGUGAAGAAUAUUUUAUAUGCAUUUUUUUUGUUGUUGUUGUCAUCUUGUGUUCACUUCUCUUCUUGUGCUUUUGUUUUUUGUUUUUCUUUUAUCUUGGAAAGCACAAAAAGUUGAUGCAAAUGUGUGCAGGCAGAGAAAAAAAAAGUGGGAAACAAAGAGGGUCCGUUAAUGUCGGAAAUGAUCCAAAUCUGCCACAUGAGGUGUAUCAGCACAUGAUGGAAAAACACAUUUUCAUUUCUGACACGUAAACAUAUUGAAAUAUUCUGCAAUAUCACAUAAACCAGACAUGUUUUGAGUGAUCAGACACUGAAGCUGCUUCAUUUUAAAGCAGAGAAAUCAUCAAAUAAAUCAGUGUUUUGGUUUAUACAUGACGAGAUAAAGUCACCGAUGUGUUCAGCUUUACUGCCCAGAGAAUGCUGGUAAUGAAGGAAAGUGAGAUUUCCCAGAUAGUGGAAAACAUAAUGUAGCUCAGUGUCCAUUAAAAAGACACUUUAAUGAUUUAUGUAUGCCCAAUAAUUGGCUUGUCAUGUAGGAAAAGUUAGCAGCUUGUUAUAAGAUAAAUAAAUCUUCUUCUCUGUUGUCGUUCAAAGCCAGACAUUAGACAUUGGGUGAUGUAGCUCUGUGUUUUAUGGUCCAGCUGGAAAGAAAAUCACUUAUUAUAAAAAAAGUUAGGUAGUUAAACUGCUGCAGGAGUUAAAGGCACAAUGUGCAGGAUUUUUUUCUGUAAAGGAAAAGGCCAACAUUGUUUUGAUCAGCAUGAUAAAAGCUGUUUUGGUUUCUGAUUUUCAGUUCAUUUUAAUCCAACAAUAAUCAGAUUUAUUCAGAAUAGAGUUGAGCGAUGUGUUCACAUUUUCCAACUGGCCACCACUAUUCCAAAAAGUCUUUUGAAAAAAUGUUUGCAUUAUAAUUAUAAUUAAAAAGCCAGACAUUAGCAAAAUUGGGUUAUGUACCUCUGUAUUUUAUGGUCCAGCUGCAAAGAAAAACACUUAUUAUAAAAAAGUUAGCUAGAUAAACUGCUGCAGGAGUUAAAGGCACAAUGUGCAGGAUUUUUCUAUCAGGUUUAUGUUCAAAGUUUGCCAUUUCUUCUGUUUAAUGCACAUUUAAAAGCUGCAGAUUUGCUCUCAUUUUGGUGUGAGAUUUGGUGUUUCACCUCACCAUAUUUGGGGUUUUUUUUGUUGCUGUGUCUGCUCUUUUUGUAGCUUCCUCUUGGAUACAAGGGUAGAAUCCGGCAGCUGGUUGCAACGUUUUUAAGUAGUCCUCACACUUUGCCCUCAAACAUGCCAAACUUAUUUUUGUUUAAGUGCAUUUUUUUUUCCCCCGAGACUGCUUCAAAAUCCUCGUCAUUGUGCCUUUAAUGCUUCACCAGUGGUGAUUAAGUGUAUUUUGGUUGAAGAACACAGAAUGGUGGGUGAAAAUAAUGGAGUUAAUCUUUGGUGGUUGUGUUUCUUCCUUCGAUACAAGUGGUUUAAAAACUCCCAUUCAGAACUCCAUUUAAAAAACUGUCUAUUUUUGGCUACAUUGUAACAUUAAGGUAAUGAUGCUUUCUGGAUUUGAAGUCCACCUUUAUUAAUUCUGGUAAUGGAUCCAAUGUGUAUUCUUAAGAAGAUUGUCAUGGUUAGGGUUAUAUUUGUUGUUGUGGUUUCCCUACGAUAAGUUUGAUGGUGUGAGUUGGUAGUCUUUAUUUUCAGAGAUUUAUUAAUGGGCAUUUGAAUGGUUAGAGAAUAAGAGUCUCCCUCCCUAAUGUUAUGGUUUGUUUGUGCAGUUCUACAGUCUGAAAUUAGAUUUUCAGGGCAUUCUGAGGAUUAUUAAUAUAUAAUUGUGUGUUUUUGGAACCGUGGUGGUUUAGAAACAUUUGUCAGGUUUGUGACUUUGUGAAUUAGACUUAGUACGGAAACCCUGAGAGGCAAGCAAGAAAAAAAAUCUAGUAAUUAAUUUAUUCCUGAUGUUUUUUCUCCCAUGUUUAUGACUUGAGACCCGGUGCAGAAUUUUUUUUAUUAUUUUUUUGCCAGGAUAAGUUCCUUUCUUUCCCUCUGUGAAACAGGUUUAUUAUCAUUAUUAUUUGAUAAUGAUCAGUUUAUCAAGUUUAUUCAAUAAUCUGUAAAACAGGUAAGAAAAAAGUUUUGGAAGGUGAUUUUAUUUUAUUUUUUCCCCUCAGGAUCAUAUUCCUGGGUUUCAUUUUUCAUCUGUAAAAACAGGUGGAAAAACAUUUUUCUUUAAAAAAAAAAAAAAAAAUUCAGGAUAUUUUUUUGACCAUCAAAAAACUUGAACAAGGUAAUUAAAAAAAAUAGGUUGAAAAAAAGUUUUGGCAGGUUUUGUUUUAUAUUUUUAUCUGGAUAAAUAAAUUCAGUGUUUGUUGUUGUAAUGCACUUUUUGGCCACAAGAGGGCACCACACAAAAAAAUUAACCUGUUUUUACCAAUGGAAAUAUUUAAGGAACUAUCCCAACAAAAUUUAUUUUAACCUGUUCUUAAGGAGAGAAAGCAAUUUAAAUAAGGUCACCAGAUUUUUUUUAAUUUACUUUUUUUGUUGUUGUUGCUCACCUUGCUCUCAGGGCUUCCGUAUCAAAGGGCUGUUAAAAAGUCAGAAUUUGAAGACCAAACAUCAGCAUUCGAUCUUACAUUUCUUCGGAGCCCUCCUGGAUUUACCUGAAAGCGUUUGUUGUUUCCACUCAUGUGACGGCGGCGAGGUCGUUUCACUCUCUGAACAGGAAUAAAGUGCAGAAUGUAUUUGGGUUUUUUUUUUCAGUGUAAAGAUCAGCUUCACAUAGUGUGACAUCAGACACCUGCUCAUUUCCAUAUGCAGACUUUAUUUUUAAUUAUUUUUCUAAACAAAUUGUUUUGGUGAUUUUUCUGAAUAUUGUGUUGAUGAUCUGUUGCGUUCCAAUGCCUUUCUAUUGGUGAAUAUUAAAGGGCAGCGCCACCCUUUUUUAUGAAUUCAAAGUUAAGUCAGUCUUGGUGAAAAAACACCAUUUUCCUCAAAAUAAACUUCUAAUUUAUAUCAUAUUAAUGUUGCAGGAUCACUGAACAUUACUCUCCUGGGACUCGAAUAAUCCAAAUUUUUUUUUUAAGAAGUUUGGCGUUGCCCUUUAAAGGUUUGAAUGCGUGUAACAAACCUCAAAUGUAUCUGUACAAAAUAUUGCUGAUAAUCAUUCCAUUGCACAUAGUUUACUUUGAGUUUAUAUGCAAUAUCUUAAUUUUGUGGGGAAAAUCUGUUUUAUUGUGUUAAUAUUAUUAUUAUUAUUAUUAUUAUUAUUAUUAUUGAAAAAAAAUGUAAAUAUUCCAUUCCGGCAAAUGAGCCGUUCUACAUUUAUAUAAAAAUCUUCUGAGCUUAUGGAUUAAAAUGAUAUUAAUAAGCAGCAGACUUUUUAAUAAACUAUAUUUGUUACACUUCUAUUGUGAAUAAAAAAAAUCUUUUAAUAA